UUGACAAAUACGAAUAUUAAAAUAACAGAAUGGAUUUUUGUGGUCAUGAGUGUCGAGUUGAGAGAAUUUUUGUGAAAUAAUCCUUAGAAUUCAAUAAAAGAUGCAUAGAUACUAACCAAAAAAAAAACUUAAAAACAAUAGACAAAAUUUAUUUUUCUACUAACCAAAAACAGAAGAUCGGAUCAGUUUAUCGUGAAAUUGAAUCGAUAAGAAAUGCCGGCCAAAAAUCGGCACCGCGGCAAAAGUCAAAAUUAUUUACUGGAACCGCAGCCGGCUCGUUUGCCCGUCGCCAAAGACACUACGACCCUUAAGUCGAAAAGUCUAGACGAAUUGCUAAAUUUGACCAAGGAACAACUGAAAGCAGAGUGUAGAAGAAGGGGCCAAAAGAGCACCGGCAAUAAACAGGAACUGUUACAAAGACUGGGCUACAAGAUGGCCACCAAAAGAAAGGAACCCACCACUCCAAAUACCAAUGGUAACAUAGUACAAAGUAGUCUAAAUAGUAAGCCAACAAAACAGGGCACAAACGAGACUCAAAAAAGACAAAAAGAAAAAGAAAGGAGCGAACGGGAGGGCAUAGUGUUAUGGAAAAAACCAAUCCUGACGCUGGAAUAUUUUUUUAGAGAGUGUUUGGAAUUGGUGACGUAUUAUGGUAAAAGUUUUUUAGCAAAUAAGGCUCUAGUCAUUCUAUUGGGGAUCUCAGUAUUAUCGUUUUACCUAUUAGUUAAUAUGAAAGGGCCGCACCAAGCCAUGGUCCAACGUGUAUAUAAACAAGCUUUGUGGUGUCUAUAUUGGAUAGGCUUAGGUAUUUUAUCGUCAGUGGGAUUAGGCACUGGACUCCACACGUUCCUGUUAUACUUGGGACCUCAUAUAGCCGCUGUAACUUUGGCCGGUUACGAGUGCGGCAGUUUAAAUUUCCCCGAACCACCUUAUCCUGAAGAUAUUGUUUGUCCGGCAGAAGGUGAAGGAGGUUUCAUUCCAGUUACAAUCCUUAGUAUAAUGUCGAAAGUGAGACUGGAAGCUAUGUGCUGGGGUGCUGGAACGGCUUUGGGCGAGUUGCCGCCGUAUUUUAUGGCCAGAGCUGCAAGAUUAUCAGGGAUUGACCCUGACGAUGAAGAUGACGACCUGAAAGAGUUCGAAGCCCUCCAAAAAAAACAACAAAACCGAGAGAAAUUGUCAAUUAUCGAGAAAGGAAAGCUUUUCGUUGAGGAACUUGUGCAAAAAGUCGGCUUUUUCGGCAUUCUCGCCUGCGCAAGUAUUCCCAAUCCUCUAUUUGAUCUCGCCGGUAUUACUUGCGGUCAUUUCCUGGUGCCCUUUUGGACAUUUUUCGGAGCUACCCUCAUUGGAAAGGCCAUAAUCAAGAUGCACAUACAAAAACUAUUUGUUAUAAUUGCUUUUAAUGAAACUCUUAUUGAAACAGCCAUUAAUUAUAUUGUACUAGUGCCAGUUAUUGGAGAAAAGUUACAGGUUCCAUUUAAAGCAUUUUUGGACGGUCAAAAAGAUAAGCUACAUAAAAAAGCAAACAAAAACCUAAAAGAAGCCUCUGGCAAUAUCUUAGCUUCGAUUUUUGAAAAAUUCGUGAUAGCGAUGAUUAUCUAUUUUGUGAUAUCCAUAGUCAACUCGUUUGCUCAGAGUUAUCACAAGAGGAUACACAAGAAAAAGUCUAGCAAAGCUCGAGACUGAUUAUAGGUAAAUGUUUACCAAAAUAAAGACAUUCGGUAGUAGUUAAGAUAUACGGCGCUUCUGUUUUUAUGCUGAACAACUUGCGAGUUUGUUUUUUUUUGUGAUAAUUGAAGUAAAAUUGAUUGUUCGGUGUAAAUGAUAGAGAAUUGUAAAAAUUUUUAGAUAAUUGUGUACAAAAUACACAACAACAAAAUGUUCCCUGGACCUAAAAUUGUGUUUCUUGUGCGAGUUUGGCAUUUUUUAAGUUAGUUUUUGGGGUACUUUAUGCAAGAAUUCACUUUAUAUUAAGCAACCUUUUUUCCUUAUAAAAAAAACCUAUUAUUUUUUUUUUUGUAAUUUUUUUUAUUACAAAAAUCAUUCCUAUUAAUUAUUUACACAUAUAAAAAAAACAACAAAAGUCAUAGGAUUUAGUGUUUUUUUCUUGUUCUAUUUCAAUUAAGCUACCUACUCCUAAAAUAGGUAAAUAUUUAUUCGUUACAUAUAGAGUGUGAGUGUGUUUAUUGUGAAAAGAUUGUGAUCAAUUUUGAGUUUUUUUUUAUAUCAUUAUUAUUUAUGUGAUAAUUCCCAAGUAAAAUGGUCCUGGAUUUGUGGAUAAAAAUUAAACCACAUUGUUCCAAUUAUGUCGAGAAGUAUUGUCCAGCAUAUUCUAGCCUAGUAUUGUGCCAAAAUAUGUUUUUCUCAAAUAAUUUCAGUUUUAGCAGUUUAUUAGUCACAAUGCAGUUUAUAUGUGGUUUAAAGUCAAAUAAGAACACAAACAGGAUCCGAGUUGAUAAAAAAAAAAUAUUUAAAAAUAAAGUAUAUGAUAUUAA